AUGACCGAUGAGAGACCUCCAACAGAGCGAAUUGCCUUAAAUCGAAAAAGGACUGUCACAAUCCUCUACAAGCUACGUUAUGGCCUCAGCCAAGUGUGUAACUGGCUGCGGACAGAGCAAGUGAUGGGAGGAGCUUGUAGUAGGAGUAAAGUGUGCAGCCUUAUGAACACAAUGAGCCAGAAUGCAGGCAAAAAAAUUGACGGAGUGGUGGUAGAAGUUAUUAUAAACAAGUGCCAACUGGUAUUAAUUGUAGAUGACUACACAACCAUUCACUCAAUAAGACGACCACAAGACGAGGAACUCACUAAUGCCAAUUUCUUUUGUACUAUCAUCAUCAAACUUUUCAAAAAUGUUCCAGCCAUACCUGCCUGUCAUGUCUCAACUUAUCAUAAUCCUUCUGGUCUCAAUGUUACUUCCUGUAUAAACACAGUCUCUGGGCCAUCUACUAUGCAUAAAUUAAGUCUAACAUAUUCAUCCCUGAUGCCUCCUUGGAUAACUGACACCUUUUUCAAUCCCGAAUUUGAAAGACACAGGGCAACUGCUCAUGAAUACUGCCACCAUGAGUCUGUUCAGACUAUGAGACAAAUGGACAAUGUACACCUUGUUAACUUUUUACAAUUAACACUUAAAAGCAAAAAUGACUUUGAUGCUGCAUUUGACCUUGUACUGAGUACCAAACUUUCUGAAUAUCUCAAGUUAUUUCUUAUUCCUCAACCUGGUGACUGGCCUGCUCAGUUCUACUCCAGACAAGUCAUUUACGAAACCCUUCAGAAAUUUUGCUGCCCAUCUCAUGUCUUUGAUAAUCCUCAAGUGUGUCCCACAGAUCAUUCAUAUGCAAGAGUCUGCUCUUCUGGACCCAUACAACAACAAAUGAACGUUAGUACAUCUGGGCAACCAGGAAUUCUUUCCAUAAUUCCAUGUAUUGGACCCCUUCACAUCUCCUUAAAUGGAAGAGAAACUGUGUUUCAGGAUUAUCGGCAAUUUUUUGAGACUGUCUAUAAUAAUCUCUUUCCAAAAAGCAAAUUGGCAAAGAAUCCUAAGCCCUGGAGAAUCAGUCUGAUACUUGAAGUGGUCUACUCUGGAUGGCUUUUUAUCAGGGACAGUGUUAAGAGCAAAUUUUGUUUUUGCAAGGACUUGGAAUACAGAACUCUUUUGAAUUUGAUCGACAAUUAUCUACCACUUGUCCUUUCCAUCUACAGUGUUACUUACAAACAAAAUAACUUUCAAAAGUAUCUGAAUGCAAUGAUCAGGAUAUGGGUGAUGUUUGUUUGUCUUAAGAGACAUCAUUACAAUAAGGCCCCACUAGUUUGGCUUUCUAUGUGCUCUUACUGGGGCAUGCACCAUCCUGCCUUAUAUAAACUGCUUCUGACAAAUUUGGUUAUCUUUGAUGAGUAUCCUGUAGAAAACACUCAUAGUAUCAUACGUUCUAAAACCAACAUCCAUGACACAGCUGAACAAAUACAGAAGAAAGCGAAAGUUGUGUUUCAGUCAAAAAUGGAACAGCAGCACUUCAAAGAACACUUCACCCAACCCAAGAAACCGUAGUGGUCACUUAAUAACCUCAAGUCUGAAGGCCAAAUGUGCAAACAUCCUUGCAAACAUAUUUACAGGAAUAGCCAAGAACCCAGGGAAAGCAAAAAUCUCUACUCAAGGCAAAACUACAAAAGCGUUGUUACCCAAGAUAUUUGGAGAUGAGCCUGUCAAGAUUAAAGUCUUACCUCUGGGAUACUGCACCAGCACCAUUCCAGACCAAAGCAGACGAUGUGUUUUACCAGGGUGCAACAUAAAUGAAGAUCUGUCUGGGAAAAUAUUUGAGGGCUGUUCACAUUCUUUCCAUCAUUCCUGCCUUGGCGAAAUACAGUUUUGUCCCCUCUGUCAAGCCUUCCUUGCAAAAAAAGCAGAGAGUCUUUCGAAAACUGCCAAGGAAGCUAUU